AUGGACCAGCAGCGCAGGAGCCGGCGCGAGGUGAGCGCCUCUGAGGCCGCCCAGGGUUUGCAGUACACCGCCGACCGCCCGCGCGACGAGCGCUCCAAGGGCACCACCAUCCGUACAGUGACGCCCGACGACCUGUCGAUACCUGAGGAAGUUGGCUGCGGCAGUGGCAGUGGAAGCGGCGGUGGCGGCGGAGGCAGUGGCGGAGGUGGCAGCCAGAACUUCUCUCCCCCAAACAGCCCCCACUCGCAACACAGCCAGCCCGGCCAGCCUGGUCAGCCCUCUUCGUCGUCGUCGCAGCAGCGUACCACCAAUCCGCGGGCCUUUGUCGCCCGUGCCACGAGCGAAACCGAGUAUCGCAAUGCGCGCGACCAGACGAGACCACGCACUCGCACCCUCGAGGAGAGGAGCACCCGCGACCGCUCGCCCUCGAGCCUCUUCGCCGCUGGCCGUCACCGCAUUGGCUCCGUUGCCAGCAGCACGACCACGGCCAACUUCCAGAGUCUCGAGGAGUCUGUCGUCACCUCAAUCGGCCACAUCUCCACCAUCUCGCCGCCCUCGUCCUCGCAACAGCACCAGCAGCACCAGCAGCACCAGCACCAGCACCAGCCCCCACCCCGCACUUCGAGUACCAAUUCUCGGAGCCGCCUCAUCAAGCAGCCCCUACGCACCGAGUCGCCAGCCAACGUAGCCGCUGCCAACAACCCCAAUGCCGCCGCACCCGAGUCGUGGCCCUCCCCCGUGCCCGCUUCAGAUGCCAGAAAACUCAAGGCCCUUAUGCGCUCCACGUGCGGCAGAAUGCAGGGCCUGCUCGCUUUUCGCCGUGGCGAGUCCAGCCCCUGGGCCCUUUCCUCGUGCUUCAUCAACGAAGAGGCCGGCAGUCUGGUCUAUGAGCCCAAGAAUGAUACUUCGUACACGAGGACGCUAAUUCCGGAUCUGAGAGGCUGCCAUGUCAAGAGCGCGUACGAUGGCGAGGCCUUCACCGCCUACCUCCAUGUCAUCGUCCACAACUCGAAGCUCCAAGUCCACCUGCGCCCACCGACCCAAGACGAGUUUGACAUGUGGUUUGCCGCUCUACUGUGUUGGUCGCCGAUGCGGCCAAAGGGCAUACAGAACCGCAUGGCCAAGCCUCAGGCUCCUGUCACCAUGGAGCGACGACUGACCGACAGCAGGCGGCACUCCGAAGUGUCGCUGCUCAAGGAGACGCCCAAGAAGGAGGCUCCCAUCAUCAAGGUUGGCAAGAUGAUCUACUGGGACACAAGUGUGACCUACAGCAACAUGGGAACCCCGAAAGGAGUCGUUUCUCGGCCGCAGACCCACCGCAUGCAAAGUCACGGCUCUCGCCGGUGGAGAAGAGUCUCCUGCACGCUUCGCGAAAAUGGAGAGCUCAAGCUUUACUCUGAUACCGAUGUCACCCUCGUCUCCACCGUCCAGCUUUCCCAACUCUCUCGAUGUGCUGUUCAGCGGCUGGAUCCUUCUGUUCUGGAUAACGAAUUUUGCAUAGCCAUAUAUCCUCAGUAUACUGCUUCAGCUUCUGCACUGCCACUGUUACGACCCAUCUUCCUAUCUCUAGAAUCACGAGUCUUGUACGAGGUCUGGAUUGUCUUGUUACGCGCCUUUACCGUUCCACAGUUGUAUGGCCCAAAGUCAGACUCACUCAACGAUGAAGGAACACUGUCACCGUCGUUUGGAACACAUGACAUGUUUCGCAUGGAGAAGUCGCUGUUCAUAAGAGUCAUUGAGGGGAGACUAGUACCCCCCGUCAGUCCAAAGGUUGCCGAUGGUGCCACCCCUAUCAGACCUUCUUCCUCAGCCAACGCCAACCCGGGAGGAUACCUCAUGGAGAUCUUACUAGACGGAGAAACCCGCGCGAAAACCAUGACCAAGAAUGAAGGAAACGCGCCAUUCUGGAGAGAAGAAUUCGAAUUCUUGGACCUGCCUGCUCUUCACACAGCAUCGUUACUGCUGAAGAAGCGGCCACCAAGUUAUACAAGCGGCGAAAAACCCCUGUUCACCUCUGCCCUGAGCACAGACUUGGCUGCAGAAGGCGGCUAUGCUGGCACCACCUUUGAUCAGACCAUUGGAAAGACAGAUAUCUAUCUGGAUGACCUAGGCCCGAAUCAAGAGAUGGAGAAGUGGUGGCCAUUGAUCAACAUGUACGGUAAUAGCGUUGGCGAAGUACUUAUCAAGGUCAGCAGCGAAGAAUGUGCCAUUUUGAUGGCGCGCGAUUACUAUCCUCUCUCGGAAUUGCUCCAUCGCUUUUCGAACAGCCUUACGCUCCAAAUCGCGCACAUGGUACCGAAUGAACUCAAGAAGCUGUCCGAAUAUCUACUUAACAUCUUCCAAGUCUCUGGGGCUGCUGGCGAAUGGAUUUGUGCGCUUGUCGAGGAAGAGAUUGAUGGGACACUACGAGACUCGCCUGCUAGUCGGUUGCGUUUCAGCCAGCGAUUGGGAUCCAGCGAGUCGAACGAGUCAGCACGCGCUAUGUUCGGGUCUGCUGGUGACCGGGAGCUCUUCGUGCGAGAUAUGGGUAAUAAUGCGAAGCUAGAAGCCAAUCUACUUUUCCGCGGCAAUACUCUGCUCACAAAGUCUCUGGACCUUCACAUGCGCCGGCUUGGUAAAGAAUAUCUCGAAGAAACGCUUAGUGAAAAGCUGAGGGAGAUCAACGAGAAGGAUCCUGAAUGCGAAGUCGAUCCAAAUAAGGUGACGUCGCAACAUGAGCUUGACAGGAACUGGAGACGGCUGAUCAACUGCACGGAAGAAGUCUGGCGAGCGAUAUACAAUUCAGUAUCAAGGUGUCCACAGGAGCUCAGGCUCAUCUUCAGGCACAUCAGAGCUUGCGCUGACGAUAGAUACGGAGACUACCUGCGGACCGUGCAGUAUAGUAGUGUGUCUGGCUUUCUGUUCUUACGAUUCUUCGUGCCAGCAGUACUAAAUCCAAAGCUUUUUGGUCUGCUAAAAGGUAUGUGGCUGUACACAAGCAGCGUCACGCCUCUGGGUACUGAUGACAUUUCCGCAGAUCACCCCAAGACCAAAGCCCGCAGAACUUUUACACUCAUUGCCAAAUCACUGCAGGGCUUGGCCAACAUGUCAUCGUUUGGUACUAAAGAAGCAUGGAUGGAACCGAUGAAUGCAUUCUUAUCGACUCAUCGCGCAGAGUUCAAAAAGUAUCUUGAUGACAUUUGUUCCAUCUCGACGACCGCAUCCCCGACGCCACCAAUUCCGCCUUCCUAUAGCACGCCUAUCGCUAUCCUCCAUCGACUCCCACCUACGUUCAAAGAAGGCUUUCCUUCAUUGCCAUACCUCAUUGAUCAUUCGCGAAAUUUUGCAAUGUUGGUGAAUUUAUGGCUAGACAACACACAGAAGAGUGCGGGUGAUAUUCAGGCAGGUGACGGAGAUCUUCUCCGCUUCCAUAAUAUCUGCGUGUCACUCAAUGAACGCACCAAGGAUUGUCUGGCUCGCGCUGAACCUGCAGAACGGCCUUCUUCUUCUUUGAGCGUGAAGUGGGAGGAGCUUGUUGAGCAGCUGCAAGGCUCGAGAAUUGAUAGCAAUCGUGGAGCCGUUACUCGAAAUCGUGGCCCGAUUCAAGAGGAAGAGUUUGAAGAUGCUCCCAUGUCACCUUAUCCCGGUGAAGAGUUUUCUUCGUCGUCAACAACAAGCACACCUAUCACUAUGCAACCUGCACCCCGGACCCGACAUCAACAAAACACCAGCAUCUCCGCCUCUGCCAGCUCCCAAAAAAGCAGCAGCUCAGCCACUAUAUCCUACACUAACCCCUUCACCAUCUCCAAAGCAUGGUCUGGUCGCUCGGCACCCUCGGGUCACGACUCUGUACCAGCAUCUCAGUCUGCAUCUACAUCUGCCAGCGCUGAUGCGUCUGGUGCAGAGGACACACCGCCAGGUUCUAGCGAUGGGCUUCACAUGGCCCCAGCGCCUUCUUACCCUCAGACCUUGACUGAGCCUUCCAUUGCCGCGAACUCGUUCAACUACAGCAACCCCAACAUGCACAUUAAUACACAGCCCCAGAAUAACAGCCGGGGAUUUGGUUAUCCACCCCACAGUGCAGGUGGUCAGAGCAUGCAAGGCAGCGAAAAUGGCAGUAUCCAGGAGGAAGAGUACACUACGGCCCUCCCAGCCUUCAACUCCAAGGAAGGCAAAGAGAAGGAACGAAAAGAGCGCAGUUUUCGAGGCGUCCUUCCGUUCAACCGCAAGCGAAAAGAUAAGGAUAAAGACAAGGACAAGGACAAGGACGACGAUGAGAAGAAAAAAGAGAAAAAGGACAGGAAGGAGAAAAAGGCCGAGAAAGAGCGAGAGCGUGAACGCGAAGAAGAAAAAGAGCGGGAAAAAGAGGAAAAGCGGGAUAAACACCAUUCCCACAAGUCCAAAGACAAGGACCGCGACCGGGACAGUCAUAGAAGCAAAAAGGACAAGGAAGAUAAAGACAAGUCUCAUCGUCACCGCUCCCGUAGCCGAAGCCGCAGCAACGAACGAGAUUCUCGCCACAGUGCUUUAGGCGCAUUCACAGAACUCUCGCUCCGCUCUAAGAACUCACAAUCCAGCCAUCACCAUAACUCGCACAAGAACUCGCCAAAUAACGACUACAACUCCAACUUCAAUAUUCCUAUCAGUACCCAUACCACCACGACCAGCACUACAACAACCACAUCCUACUCAAGCCACAACCCACUCUCUACUCUGACCCCCAAAAACCGGGAUGAGCCCAUUUUCUCGCCCCGUCAUACAAGUACGCGUGAUCGUGAACGAGACGAAGAAUUCUGA